AAGAAAAGAUUGUUGCUUUGAAUUUGGUUUAAGAUGGGUAUUCGAUUACCGGAUUUGGUGCUUCAUGCAAAGCAGCAGGUUAUCCGGAGGACGUGUCCGGCGAAGCGUAAUUGCUCCUACGGCCAACCACUGGCGGCAAUGGGUGUUCCAAAGGGUCAUUUUUCUGUCUACGUUGGGGAUGAAGAGGGAACAAUAGUUCUUGCUCUGUAAAUGACCCAAGUUUUGCUUCUUCUUAGUUUAACUAAAAGUUUGACCUGAGUGUAAAUAAUUUGUACCUAAUGUGAGGAAUAAAAAUUUUGGAUAAAA